AGUGCUGGACUGGUCCACGCUAGCAAGGUAGUUGCAGCUACGGCUCCUUACAACCAAUUUUAUUCGCUACAUCGAUAAUGUCUCAGCUUGUGAUAUUAUAGCACGAUGAUGGCUUGAUAUCUUGCAUAUUGUGAUAGUCCAAGCUGUAUUUGUGUUGGUAAAAAUGUAUCACAUAAGAGCUAUAUAAGCAAGUCGACAACCGAUCAAGAGCUCAGAACAGGACAAUUCGAUCAUUGCGAACAAUUUGACAUAAAGUUUAUAUCUUUGCUUGAAUCCCUAGUUGUUACUAUGUCUUUAUUCAUCGGUAACGUCUUCAACAAGGCUCUCCAAAAGGCGAUUCCAGUCUAUAUAGCCGAAUCCGGGGAGGGCUACAAACGUCUUACAGGGGUCAUUGCUGAAAGUGUCAAAAACGCUGCCCUUGCAAAGAUCAAAGCCCCUUUCGAAGAAGGAAGAUUGUUCAAAUUUGAAGACAUGAAGGAAAUGCACCAAUUGACAAUAACUAACAUGUGUCACCCGAGUGAUUCCGAUCCACAGGAUCACUACUCUAUUCAGGGUGAGGGCACAACUGGUGAGAAGGUCAAAGGUGGACACGUCCCUGACGAUGCAUCCAAGCAAACUCAAACCAAGUAGGUUUUGAGCCACCGAAGCCAACCCUGUUGCCUCAUUCUCUGUCUGUCAGGAAUGAAUCGGAAUUCACAAGGCUAAAUCGCCUCUAUACGAAGAAAAAAAAAGGAUCUGUCCCACUUCUUUCAUUCUUUGAUCCAUA